GUGGCACCGGGAAGCCCACACGAAAGAUUGACUUUACCGGCGUCCGUGCUGAAGCGACGGCGGUUUGUAAAACAGCUUCCCUCUCCAGCAGCGGUUAACCGGCAGGCCUCUGGGUGUUUAUCCUCGCAGAAAUGUUGUGUUUGAGCGGGUUGUCGGUGGCACUCGCACUCGCGCUAGUGCCGGGUCCCUCUGAAGCGCUGAAGGAAGGAGACUGCGAAGUGUGUGUGACCUUCCUGGGGAAGUUUUAUCAGUCACUGAAGGACAGCAAUGCAAAUUUUAACAGCGCAGACAUCGAGCAGGCCCUCAUAAAGAGCUGCAAAGAUGCCAAAGGCAAAGAAAAUCGUUUUUGUUACUACAUCGGGGCAACGAGCGACGCAGCCACCAAGAUGAUCAACGAGGUAUCCAAACCGCUCAGCUACCACGUCCCCGUGGAGAAGAUCUGCGAGAAACUGAAGAAGAAGGACAGUCAGAUCUGCGAACUGAAAUACGAUAAACAGCUGGACCUGACCUCGGUGGACCUGAAAAAGCUAAAAGUCAAGGACCUGAAGAAGAUCCUGGAGGAGUGGGGCGAGUCCUGCAAAGGCUGCGCCGAAAAGUCCGACUUCAUCCGCAAAAUCACAGAACUGAUGCCCAAGUACGCCCCAGCAGCUGCUAAAGCACGGACAGACCUGUAACAAAUAAAAGUCAUAAAUAUGAACUUGGACCAGACUGCGAUCCAGUGCAGGAGGACCGGGGGUUUAUUGGGCAUGUUUGUUUCAGUCUUUAAGGCGCACAGAUUCAGAAGUAUAGAUGUUAGUGUUGUCCUAAUCUGUACUUUUAAAUCAAGAGUGAGGGAGAAUUAGCAGCAGUGAUCAAUACAUUUCACAGUGACUGUCUAAAUAAGGUUGUGUACACACACACACACACACACACACACUGUCCCAGAAAUUUAUGAGUUCUAAAUGUGCACCACUCUGAGACCUGAGAAGAAAAUCCAAACACGAGGAGGCAGCUUCAUCAAACUUGAAAAAUUCUGCUUACGAAGGCAGAAAGUUCAGAAUGUGCUUAAAAAUCUUCACACUUUAACUUUUUCCUUCGGUGUCGCUGUAACGCAGUGAAAGCUGUCUGUACGUUCACGUGAAGAUUAAAACAGGAGCUGCUAAUGGAGAAUUUGGCUACUUUUAAUUUUUCUCAAUGUAAACAAAACCAGGCUAAAAUUAGAUUGGGUCUGGCUCUCCUGAUUGCUUUCCAUCAUACUGGUUCCCAAACAGGUCUGCGUGGUGUGUCCGUCCGAAAUAUUCACACAAAUCUGAAUUUCAAGCAUUAAAGUGCAGCAGAAAGAAAUACCAGAACAAGGCUCUGGAUGGGAUUUAAAGGUCAGGAGGAGAACCCAGUCUCCCCAGGAAUUAUUACUGGGGAGGAGAUCUUACUGGUCAGAGAAGCUGGUAUUAAAACUCACCAGAGCUCCUGCAGACAUGAAUCCCAUCUGAAUUGAGCUUCACUGAACUUAACUGCUGUUUUGUGUUGGCUGUUCCUUACAAUACCUGAAGGACGAGUGAAUGUUGAGACUUUUGGGAAUUUUGCUCAGUCUAUAUUCCUGAAUUCAUGAACGUUCGGCUCCUUGGCCCUUCAGCCUCUACUGUGGUUCACAUCAGUAAAAGUUAGUUUUUCUCAUAGGUGAAGCUCGUUAGAUUGAAAGUCUCUGCAGGAUCAUCUGGCUCAGAUGAAAAUAACCAAACAGCCCCUCCUUCAUGAUGCUCCCUGCUGUAAAAAACGAGGAAUUGUACCCCCGAUCUCUGGAGAGUUCACACUAACGUUGGGCCGGAUUGGAUCUUCGUGUGUUUGACACCACAGUCGCAGUCUGUUGACCCUCUGAUCUGAACUGCUGAGGUUUGUUACAGGAUUUCACAGUGGCUGCAGUUCAACUUAAAGCGAGCUGUGCACGAAACUGAAAACCAACAGUGGAAAGUGACUGUCGGCAGCAGGAGACCUGGAUGAUUGAGAAUCUGACAUUUAUUUAGGAUUUUUUCUUUGAUUUCUAAUAAUUAGUUUCCACCAUUUUAAAUUCAUGUUAAAUGUUUGCAUCCAGCUGAGCUCAAACACGCUGGAAUCACUAAAAGGUAAAAUUUUUGAUGCCACUUACCGUUCAUGGUCCCCAAACGCGGGGAAACAACCAUUUACUGUUUUCUCUCACGUGCUGUGCUGAAACUGAAGUGCCCCUCCCGCCCUGGACUGCGGCGGCGUCUUUGGAUGAAACUUAUUUUACCGUUUGGUGUAAACAGAUGGCGCGUACUUAAAGCUGAUGAUAAAGGGGGUGCGAUGCUUCAGAAGAGUUGUAAGAAAAAUGAAAACUUAAAAUAUGCUGUUGUCUCAGUGACUUUUCAUGUAAGGCCAUGUCAUUUGCUACAACUGUACUAUUCUACUUUUUCAUUAAAAUAUGAAAAACUCCAA